AUGGAUUGCCAAAAAGCUUCCGGAAGCAGUGAGGACAGCAAGAGGACAAGUGAUCAAGGCACGAAAAUAAAGUUCAGCGACCUACCACCUGAGAUGCAGAAUGAAAUUUGCAAAAAUCCUCGAAUGAAAAUCAUCGCAGAAAUCAUACCUGAUGACCCCCUCGCGAAGUUCAAGUCUGAGGAGAAGAAUCUGGACUUCUCUGAUCCUAAGAUUAAGUUUCUGGAUCAAAUUUACGCAGUCAAACGUUCCUUUGUCUUUCAAUACCGCCAAAACACUGAAGCCAUCACAUCUCUCAAGGUUGGGGAGAUCAAAGCAAACUAUGAGACUUUCAAAAACUCCAAGUUAGGCGAGUUCUUCAAAACCGAAGAAGAAAAAAAGGCAUAUCUUGAAACGGUGAUGCGGUGGUUUUGCCAAAUUCUUGAGGCUGAUAGGCUUUGGAGAGAGUAUCUUGAAAUUACAGAGCGAAAAUGCAAGCUGUCCAUAGACGAUAUGUUGCGCGAGGCGAGACCUUCGUUCGUGGAAGAGUUAGCUAACAAGCCAUGGGCGCAAUUCUUGGAGAAAGACGGACCAGGUUGGCCAGUCGAUUGGGCUAACGGGCCCACGGUUAUCAACAAGCAACGUGUGCCAAACGGUGGAAUCCGAAUUGUAGAGCAAUGGGAGAAAGCUACUGCUAAAGCCAUUGAUGAGAUUGAUACUAAUCCCUCAGGCCGCCCUGUUUUCGAGUCUGGUCUGGUGAGAGCUCAGCAAAUAGCAGUUCUAGACCCCGAGCGCAAGAAGGUGAAGACGGUCUAUCUGGUGUACGACAAUGGCCAGGCGCUCUACGAUGGCGACCUGUUCCCAAUGUCACAAAUGAUUGGAGCACGUCUUGAUAACCAUCGAUGUCCUUCUGGAUGGAAAGCUGCCACCAUUCGGAUUGAUCGGCUUAAUAAACGGACUUGUAAAGAUAAGGUAGACGGCAAGAAAGAGAAAAACGACUCUUCAUAA